AAAGUAAUUAAGCACAGGAACAGUCACAUGAAACAGCAGAGGAUGUGGCUGAACAGUCUUCUUAUAGUUUUUCUCAGCUCUAAUCAUUUAGUGUUCUCAUUGAAUUUUGAUGGCGGUGAUACUAACGUUGAUCUGGAGGAGGACUGGAACUCGAUGGAAAAUUUCACACUAAGUGCAAAUGGUGGUGGUGGUGGUGGUGAUGAUGGUGAUGAAGAUUUCAGAGAUGGAUUUGUACCACAAUUCAAAACCGGUUUAUCAGGUUCAGAAGAAGCUAAGAUUAAGCCGCUUAAUCUACCGGGGUCGGUACGAAUACCAGCAUCUAUGCUACACAAAGAACUUUUUACCCCAGAAAUCGGCGGUAGGCCGAUGCCUUCGCUGGUCAAGUCAAUACUUCUGGCCGAAAAGGCCGCUGGGAAACCUGCGCAAUCUGUCUUUGCUCCUGCGUCAAAGAUGGUUGAUGUGAUGUGUUACCUGGACCGGAUUCAUGUGAGAGUGCUGAAAAGUUUGUUUACCAACCCCAGCGCAUGGAAAGACUUAAAGCUGGGAACAUGUGCUGUCAAUAAAGCCACGGAUACUCACUAUCACUUCCUGUACUAUCUGAAAGGAUGUGAAAUAAUUCGAGGGGAGGAUGCCAAUCGUGUGACUUACACGAACACACUCUACUAUAGGCCUAUGUCAGUUGCCACCGAGCUGAUUGUGAGGGAGCUUCCAUUUACUGUGCCUAUUCGAUGUAGCUACACAAAGUUCCAUCGCUCUUAUGCAGUAGGAUUCUUACCCCACAUAGCAGGUGGAACCUUCUACAAGCCCCUACACCGUCAAUCAGGGACCAGACUUGCUGCAAUGGAUGCGUCUUGGAACAAUCUUCUGGUUGGCCAGAGCUUUGUCAUUGGCAAACCCAUGUGCUUUGAAGCUAAAGGUUCCAGCAUGGAAACAAGAAAACGGAUGUAUCUGAACAGUUGUUUUGUCACUUCCCACCCAAGCCCUUUGUCACCGGAUAAAUAUCCUGUGGUAGAGAAUUAUGGAUGCCUGGUGGACAGUAAGAACAGCGCUCUGACAAAGUUCUACACCAGUCCUAACAAGUUGACUGUGAGAUUUUGUAUGACCACUUUUAUGUUUAAAAACAUGGUUUCCCAGCCAUCAUCCAAAAAGAGCAUGGUUAUGCAUUGUGAGUUUGACUUUGGACCAGAGACCCCUACACCUAGUGCCAAGUCAUGCACGUAUAACGCAAAAUACAAGGGGUGGACCGAGCUGUAUGGUGAUUCCUCUGUCUGUAACUGCUGUGCAUCUACAUGUCCUGCUCCUCUAAGGGCAACUGGUAGGUCAAUGAUCACCAGUGACUCCUGGGACUUGAAGAUGGGAAAGGGAUCAUCACUUCUUUCACCAAAGGAGACCAUGCCUGAUUUCUCAUUAACUGGCCAUGCUGACUUUGCGCUGUUCUGGGAGUCCGAUUACUAGGAGGAUGUCUUUUACAGAUGGCAGAUGUUUUAAAUUGGAUCAUAAGAUGACACUGUUAUAAUUAAUGUGGUUAUGCCUUGACAAGUUAAAGUGAUAUAAACAGAA